CAGGUUUGAUUUCGCCGUUGUCAUUGUAGCAAGAAGCUAGAUAGGGAGAGUAGAAGUAUUAGUGUAUCUCUGAUUGAUAGCUGUGUGUAAAAUUCGCCAAUAUGCCUCUGGAAAAUUUGGAAGAAGAGGGUCUACCUAAGAACCCAGACCUAAGGAUAGCACAGCUUAAAUUUUUACUGACACUGGAUGGUCAUCGACAAGAUACAAAAGUUAAAUCGGAGCUCAUGGAGGCGAUCAAAGAAAACAACAUGACACCUUACUACGAGGCUCUCUGCAAGGAACUAAAGUGGCCAGUGGAUGGGGACCUUCAGAGCAAAAUGAAGAAGGCAAAUGACGAGGAGUUGAAACGGUUGGAUGAGGUCUUGGAGGACGCCGAGACAAACCUCGGAGAGAGUGAGAUUCGUGAUUCCAUGAUGGCCAAAGCGGAAUACUUGAUACGGAUUGGGGAUAAGGAGGGAGCCCUCACAGCCUUCAGGAAGACCUAUGAUAAAACUGUGGCUCUCGGACACCGCUUAGACAUCGUCUUCUACUUGCUCCGGAUUGGCUUGUUUUACAUGGAUAACGACCUCAUCACACGUAACACAGAGAAAGCCAAAAGUCUUAUUGAGGAAGGUGGUGACUGGGAUCGUAGGAAUCGUUUGAAGGUGUACCAGGGAUUGUACUGUGUGGCCAUUCGUGACUUCAAGCAGGCAGCUGAGCUCUUCCUGGACACAGUGUCCACCUUCACCUCCUAUGAGCUGAUGGACUACAAGACCUUUGUCACAUACACUGUGUAUGUGUGCAUGAUUGCUUUAAAGCGACCGGACCUUAGGGAAAAGGUUAUCAAGGGGGCUGAGAUUCUUGAGGUCCUGCACAGUCUGCCUAACAUCCGCCAGUACCUGUUCUCCCUCUACGAGUGUCGCUACUCUGUGUUCUUUCAGUCUCUGGCUCGAGUGGAGCAGGACAUGAAGAAGGACUGGCUGUUUGCUCCGCACUACCGUUACUACGUGAGGGAGAUGCGCAUCCUGGCCUACAGCCAGCUGCUGGAGUCCUACCGCUCCCUCACCCUGGGCUACAUGGCCGAGGCCUUCGGAGUCAGCACCGAGUUCAUUGACCAGGAACUGUCCAGAUUCAUUGCAGCUGGCCGACUGCACUGCAAAAUCGACAAGGUCAAUGAGAUCGUUGAGACCAACAGGCCUGAUAGCAAGAACUGGCAGUACCAGGAGACCAUUAAGAAGGGAGAUCUUCUGCUGAACAGAGUCCAGAAGUUGUCCAGAGUUAUCAACAUGUAAGAAGGUGUGAAGUCUGUUAUGCGAGCAACCUUGGUGGUUGUACUUAAUACUUAUGCCUCAUUAGUCUGAAGAAGUUACCCUUUUUUUGUGUAUAUAAUAAAAAAAACUUUUCAGA